GAUGCUGAUGCUGCAAGAAAAGUGAAGCUGUCGUAGAGAAGCGCAACCAGAAAUCGUCGUCGGUGAUCGCGUUUUGGUGACGGCCGGCGACACCAAACCUCGUGAUCAGGCGCAUCCAUGCAUCACUGUUUUGCCCAUAAUUGGUGAUGUGCUUGAAGCUAUACAGUAAUUACUAGGUAUCCUUGCUCUGCGUACGUUCUUCGUUUCCCUUGCGUUUCCAGCAUUGUCGGAAUGCUUCCAUCUAAAAUCAUCCAGAAAUCAUCAGCCUCGUUGCGCUGUUCACUCGGUCUCCGAGCAUCGGCAUGGCUGGCGUGAGGGAGAAAAUGGGAAAAAUAGGAAAUAUGAUAGCAUGUUGGGGUUCAACACUCACUUCGUUCUUGCACGCACGCCAGUCCUUCUUAUCGUAGUAGCAGUCGUUCAUUCGAAGCUGUUCCUCUGCACAGCCUGUGCUGAAAAUCCUUUGGUCCCUACGUGCCUUCCAUCAGUACCAUUGAAAAAGAGGGUUCUAUGCACUGUCACGAUUAUCAUCGAAACAUACCAGUCAUCAAGUUCUUCAUCCUCGGCUUUAGUCUCAAUCGGCGUGCCUUGGCUGGCCAUUUGGAAUUUGUCCAAUAUUGUUGUUGGUUUAGGAGAAAAGAUCUGCUCUUCAUCGGACCACCACACAGGCACUCACGAAACCUGCAUCACCAUGGCCACGAAACGAAUGAAUGUCCUGGUGUACUCCGGAACUGGCAGCACAAUCGAAUCGGUCCGCCACUGCCUGUAUACUCUACGAAGGCUUCUUGCGCCCAACUACGCGGUCAUCCCGGUAACUGGUGACAUGCUCAUCAAGGAGCCUUGGACCGCAAGCUGUGCUGCACUGGUCGUCCCCGGCGGUGCUGACCUGGGUUAUUGCACAACCCUCAACGGCGAAGGCAACAGGCGCAUUCGCCAAUUCGUUGAACGUGGCGGCAUUUAUAUCGGAUUCUGUGCAGGUGGUUACUACGGCAGCAGAAGAUGUGAAUUCGAGGUAGGAAAUAAGCUACUUGAAGUUGUCGGUGACCGAGAACUCGCUUUUUAUCCCGGAAUUGCUCGAGGCGGCGCCUAUCCCGGAUUCGUGUAUCACAGCGAAAAGGGCGCCAAAGCUGCCGACUUGAAAGUCGACAAGACCCUACUCACAGCAGGGGCAGUGCCGAAUAUCUUCAAGUCUUAUUACAAUGGUGGCGGCGUCUUUGUUGAUGCGCCUAGCUUCCGAGAGCAGGGUGUUGAAGUCCUGGCAAGUUAUACUGAGCCACUUGCAGUCGAUUCAGGUGAAGGUUCGGCUGCAGUUGUAUAUUGCAAAGUCGGUCAAGGUGCAGCGCUACUCACUGGCCCACAUCCAGAGUUUGCAGCUGCCAACCUGGAGCCAAAAGAGGAAGUACCAGGUUUCUCAGAAGUCAUCGAUUCACUUGCUGCCGACGAGAAACACCGCAUGGGCUUUAUCAAAGCAUGCUUGAACAAGCUUGGUCUGACUGUAAGCGACGAACAAAAUGUACCGUCCCUAUCCUAUCUACAUCUCUCGUCGUCAGAUCCUGCCGAUACAGGUGGCAUCGUGUCUUCUCUGAGUCACCUCAUCGAGAAAGAUGAACACGACCAGGAGCUCCUCAAGGAUGAGAAUGACACAUUCCACAUUAUGAAGCCCUCGAUCUGGAAAAUGGUUGAUCUGGCAAAAGCUUUACCUUCCGAAACAGACGGGAAGGAACCUGCUGAUCAGGCCGAUGGCAGCUCCGAUCGAAUAGUCGACUAUAAUACGGUGAUCAAACAUAUCAUCGUGCACGACGAUGAUUAUCCCGAAUCCAAGACGACACCAUACUUUAACCACCACGCAUUCUACUCGAAUCUGCUACAUUACCAAAGUCAAGUGCCCGGCGCUUCGAACUUUGGCACUCAUUUGCUCUACGGAGAGGUUGUGACAUCAACAAACACUUUGCUAGAGAAGAACACAAAGAUCCUUCGGAAUCUGCCGCAAGGUUUCACAGCCACAGCCACUGUACAAGUUGCAGGUCGAGGCAGAGGGUCCAAUGUCUGGGUAUCGCCUGCUGGAAGUCUGAUGUUCAGUACUGUGAUUCGUCAUCCCAUGGCGCAGAUGCAGUCUGCUCCAGUUGUGUUUGUCCAGUACUUGGCGGCCAUGGCCAUAGUCGACGGGAUCAGAUCGUACGACGGCAACCUCUACAAAGAUAUGCCCAUCAAGCUCAAGUGGCCCAAUGACAUAUUUGCCUUGGAUCCUGUGAAAGCAAAGGAGAAUGGCGGAGAUCGAAACGAGAACUACACCAAGAUUGGUGGGAUAUUGGUGAACAGCCACUACAACACCAAGGAGUACAUCGCGGUUUGUGGAAUCGGUCUCAAUACGGCGAAUGCGGCGCCAACAACAUCGUUGAAUCAACUCACGCAAUACCUGCCCCGCAAGGUGCCGCCGUUCACACUGGAGAAACUCCUGGCACGAAUCCUGACGGUUUUUGACGAUUUAUAUUCUCGGUUUCUAGUGACAGGCUUUGACGAAGUCAUGGAGCAGAAGUACUACGAGCGCUGGCUCCACAUGGAUCAGAUUGUUACCUUAGAGGCCGAAGGUGGCCAGCGUGCUCGAAUCAAAGGCAUUACAAGAGACUACGGACUGCUUAUCGCUGAAGAACUUGGCUGGGAGGACCGUGAGACCGGCAAGAAAUGGACCUUGCAAAGUGAUGCUAACAGCUUUGACUUUUUCAAAGGUCUUGUGAAGAGAAAACUGUGAGACACCGUC